AGGGUCAGUGGGCAGAGUCGCUUUAAGACGUACAGCGGUGGGCAGUGUCGCUUUAAGACGCGCGGCGGUGGCGGGGAAGAGAGCGCAGUGUGACGUCGCUUUAAGCGGGCGGCGGGAUGGUGGCGGACUCUCGGGCUCAGAUGGAAGUGGAGGAGGGGAAGGGAGGAACUGGCCUCCGACAAUAUUACUUAUCGAAGAUUGAAGAAUUGCAACUUACUGUUAACGACAAGAGUCAAAAUCUUCGCCGUCUACAGGCUCAACGAAAUGAACUCAACGCCAAAGUGCGCAUGUUACGAGAGGAACUGCAACUUCUUCAGGAGCAGGGAUCCUACGUAGGAGAGGUGGUCAGAGCGAUGGACAAAAAGAAAGUCCUCGUCAAGGUUCACCCAGAAGGAAAAUUUGUUGUGGAUGUUGAUAAGAACAUUGAUAUUAAUGAUGUAACUCCAAACUGUCGUGUAGCUUUACGAAACGACAGCUACACUCUUCACAAAAUCCUACCCAAUAAAGUGGACCCUCUGGUAUCUCUCAUGAUGGUUGAAAAGGUUCCAGAUUCCACCUAUGAAAUGAUCGGAGGUUUGGACAAACAAAUCAAAGAGAUCAAAGAGGUUAUCGAAUUACCUGUGAAGCAUCCUGAACUGUUUGAAGCCCUCGGCAUUGCUCAACCUAAGGGUGUGCUGCUAUACGGACCUCCAGGAACAGGCAAGACACUGCUAGCCAGAGCUGUGGCCCACCACACAGACUGUACUUUCAUCCGAGUAUCUGGCUCCGAGCUUGUGCAGAAAUUCAUUGGCGAGGGUGCACGUAUGGUGCGGGAGCUAUUUGUAAUGGCGAGAGAGCAUGCCCCAUCCAUCAUCUUCAUGGAUGAAAUCGAUUCUAUUGGGUCCUCACGAUUAGAGGGCGGCUCUGGGGGAGAUAGCGAAGUGCAACGCACAAUGUUGGAGCUUCUCAACCAGCUCGAUGGGUUUGAAGCCACUAAGAAUAUUAAAGUGAUCAUGGCCACAAACAGGAUCGACAUCCUGGAUCCUGCGUUGCUGCGCCCAGGCCGAAUUGACAGGAAGAUCGAGUUUCCUCCUCCGAAUGAAGAGGCUCGUCUCGACAUUCUGAAGAUUCAUUCCCGCAAGAUGAAUCUGACUCGCGGCAUCAAUCUGCGUAAAAUCGCUGAGCUGAUGCCAGGGGCGUCAGGUGCUGAGGUUAAGGGAGUGUGCACAGAAGCUGGAAUGUAUGCCCUGAGAGAAAGGAGAGUUCACGUUACGCAAGAAGACUUUGAAAUGGCGGUAGCUAAGGUUAUGCAGAAGGACAGCGAAAAGAAUAUGUCCAUCAAGAAGCUUUGGAAGUAAAUGCAUGUAGUACAGUGCAGCUGCUAUCAAGUGAGAUAACGAAUGCUGCGUUGCUAGGGAGAUUUUGUCAGGAAACGUCAAGCCAUUGUAAGCUUUCCCAUCACUACUACAUGUUGGUGAAACUCUAAACCGUUCGGCUUUUGAACUGUACCAGUAAUAUAACGUAGACGCAUUUACUUAGCAAUACGGUUUUGCAAAGAACGGAUUAAAUGUGAUAUUUUCCAUC